AUGCCAGAAUCAGAAGAACCAAAGAGUCAAGUUCAUCUAUUCUUGAAUGAAGAGGAUAAGACUGAGGAAGCUAAAACGAAGUUCACAGACAUAGAGGAAUGUACAUACCUGAACAAGAAUGCUGGAUCCUCGGACCAAAAUGAACCCAUGACGUGUGAUUGUUACGAGGACUGGGAUUCAGAUUUAGAGAAGAAUAUGGCUUGUGGAGAAGAUUCGGACUGUAUUAAUAGAGUGACAUCCGUAGAAUGUAUUAACAGACAUUGUAACUGUGGUAAGAAUUGCCAAAACCAAAGGUUUCAAAAAAAACAAUAUUCAAAAGUUAGCGUUUUCCAAACUGAGUUAAAAGGAUAUGGACUCAGGGCUGAUGAAUCUAUAAAUGAACUGGGAUUUAUUUAUGAAUAUAUUGGUGAAGUAAUUGAUGAAGUGGCAUUCAGAAAGAGAAUGGCUGCCUAUGAUGAGAAAAACUUCAAACAUUUUUAUUUCAUGAUGUUGAAAAAAGACUCCUUUAUCGACGCUACCUUAAAGGGCUCUUUGGCUCGUUUCUGUAAUCACUCUUGCAAUCCAAAUGCGUAUGUGGAUAAAUGGGUUGUAGGUGAUAAAUUAAGAAUGGGCAUUUUCGCCAAACGUCAUAUUUUGAAGGGAGAGGAAAUUACUUUCGAUUAUAACGUGGAUAGAUAUGGAGCUCAGUCACAGCCAUGUUAUUGCGGGGAGCCAAACUGUAUCAAAUGGAUGGGCGGAAAGACACAGACAGAUGCUGCUCUUUUGUUGCCAGAUGGUAUAUCUGAAGCACUUGGAGUUACCUCCAAACAAGAGAGGCAAUGGUUGAAAGAAAACAAGCAUUUAAGAUCUAAGCAACAAGAGGAUGAUUCCAUAAUAAACGAGCAAUUUGUGAAGUCAAUUGAAGUUACUCCUAUGAGUGAACAAGAUGUCUCAAAGGUUAUGGGAUCUCUUAUGCGGUCUCAAGACUAUUACAUUGUUGAAAAGCUAGUAGAAAGAAUUUAUCUAACUAAUGAUUCUGCCAUCAAUUCCACUAUCAUUAGGUUUCAUGGUUAUAAGACGUUAUCUAAAGUCAUUACCAAUUACAAAGACAAAGAUGAUAUUGUUAAAAUGAUAUUAGUAAUUUUAUCUAAGUGGCCCCGAGUAACUAGGAACAAAAUUUCCUCGUCUCAAAUUGAGGACGUCGUGAAGGAUUUGAACGCAAACACGGGAAAUGAAGAAAUAAAACAACUUUCUUCUAGUCUAUUGGGAGAGUGGAGUAAAUUGCAAAUGGCCUAUAGGAUACCGAAAAAUGAGAGGAAGAAUGAUUCGCCUGCUUUGUAUGGAAGAGGAGGAAGAUCACCUAGUCCUGAAAGAUCCACAACUCCUCAGGAAGAGCCUUUGCCAGAAGGUUGGGAAAUGGGCUUCGACCCAAAUACUCAAAAUAACUAUUACUUUCAUAGAGAACUUAAUUUAUCUCGUUGGGAUAGGCCCACCAACACAGUCCCUAAAGCGCCAAAGGGACCUCGAGCAGAAGUGAAGCGGCCUCCCAAGAAAUCGUUUCAGGAAGAGGAAUUAGCUCGAAGAGAGGAGGAAAGGGUAAAAAAGGAAAAAGAGGACCAGUUCAAGGAGAUGCAGCAAAAAGAAAAAUAUUUGCAAGAGUUGAUUUUGCAAAGUCAACGAGAAGCUGAGGAAAAGAAGCAACUUGAAGAAAAGUUGAAAUUAGAGAGGAGAGAAAAAAAGAAGGAGAAAUUAAAAAGGAAAAAAAUGGUAUCGAAAUCUUCAUCUACAUCACUGUCUUCGUCGACUUCAGCCGAGCAAAGAUGGACUAAGCUUUUCGCUAAGCAUAUUCCAAAUCUAAUUAAGAAGCAUGAAAAGGAGAUUGGAAGAGAUAAUUUGAAAGGCUGUGCGAGAGAUCUUGUAAAGAUUUUGGUUCAGAAAGAAAUCAAAAAAGACGCCAAACCGCCAGACGAGUUGGACAAUCAUAAGUUGAAGAAGCUCAAAGAUUUUUCCAAGGGCUUUAUGGAGAAAUUUUUGGUAAAGUAUAAAGCUAAACGUGAGAACAAAAAGCGUUCACAUGAGUCAGUCACUCCUGACGAGGAGGCGCUGAAAAAAUUGAAAUCUUAA